AUGAAGUCGGUAGCUACAUCUAUCGAGUAUCUUAAAACAUAUGGAUCGCUAUUAACAGCACUGUUAAUGUUUAUAACUGCUGACUACUUUCUAUACAAGCCAAACAUUAUAUUCUUGACCGUUUGUCCAUGUGUCUUCUAUUUCCUAAUGACUUGUAAACCAAGUGUAACACAGCUGAGGGUCUCUGCAUUUGGUGUUGGGUCGAUACAUAGCGCUGAUAGAAUAGCAUUCUGUUAUUUAUUCGCAAAAAUAAAAAACGUAGAACAAUAUCAGAUAGCCAUCAGUAUUGUUACAACUGCCAAACAACUUGGUAUUGUUCUUGGAGACAUAUCAGCACAAAUCAUAGUCAACGUAACUGGAGGGGUUUAUACUAUCCUGCCAUAUUGCAACAUAUUCAGUUUGUUGCUAGCUUUAAUUUGGGCUUGUUCAUUUCCAUCGGUUGAUCAGAAAAAUGACUGGCAUAAGUCGAAGGGGCCAAAUGAAAAUUCAUCACUUCUUAAAAAUAAUUUAGAAAAUAAUACGAAAAACGAUGAACAAAACCUAAAUACAAUUGUGAUUGAAAAAGUAAAUAAAAAAAUGGAAUUUUUCUCGAAAGAUGCAUGGAUAAAUUUCAAAUCUUCAUACUCCAAUUUGAUUGUAUUGAAAAAAAGUUCAUGGUAUAUAUUGGGUAUGGGAGCGUACAUCAUGGUAUUCAAUAAUAUAAAUAUUCUGUACUCUUACGUGAACGAAAAAUCAGGAAAUCACGAUGUCUUGUCUAAUGGACUGGCUGA